UCUCUCUCUUAGGGUUAGGUUCUGUCGUUUUGUCUUUCUCUAGAAGCUUCGUUGUGCGUUUUGCUGUGUGUUCGUCAAUGGCUCAACAAGAGGUUCAGAACGGUGGAGCUGAGAACGUGGCAUCAAACGACGGAUCCUCUGCUGCGUCGUUUUCUGCUUUGAAGCUGCGUCUGUUGGUGGAAGCUCCCAAGGCAAACGAUGCCAUUUCUUUCUACAAAGCUGCGUUUGGUGCGGAGGAGGUUAACCGUACCUUGCACCCAAAGCGCAAGGCUGAGCAAGAGCUUCCUCUUAUUCUCUCAGCUGAACUGAAGCUCGGAGGCUUCUCCAUUCUUGUCUCUGACUUCAUCGGUGACUCCGUUGAAGAAGCCCUGAAGAAUGGAGGAAACACUAUUAGCAUUUGUCUGGAGACAGAGAAUGUGAGUGAUGCAAUUGCCAAGGCUGUGAGUGCUGGAGCCGUUGAAGAAGGUGAGAUUAUGGAAGGUGAGGGUGCGUGCUGUGGUGAGCGCGUGGGCAAGGUCAAGGACCCAUAUGGCUUUGUUUGGCUCAUAUGCUCCCCUGCCAAGAAGUGUGGUGAUGUUGCAGAAGGAGCUGCAUGAUGUUGACCGUCCGAUCUUGAAAUCUGAUUGCUGUUGUUGUUUCUAACUGGUUCCCAUUUUCAGUUAAUGUGGGUCCUGCUUAUCAAGAAAAUGGAAGAUCUUAGUUGUUAGGUUUAAUUAGAUAAUUGUGGAAGGGUUAGGUUAACUCAAGUUUUAUGACUUUUAUGACUGGUAUGUAUGGUGUCUAUGGACUACUAAGUAAUAUCUGCUGUUAUUUCAAUAUUGUUCUUG